AUGUCCCUGCCCCAUUUGUACUCGGAUCUACAAGGCAAACUGAUGGAUCGUGGGCUAUGGACUCAGGUGCGGACGCGCCUCGCGGCCCGGUCACGGGUGACGAACCUGGGCGUGACGCUGCUGACCCUGGCCCUCGUUAUCUCCCUCCUGUUCAACAUGCGCCCUGCGCCUCGUGCCCCGGCGCCCCCGGCGCCACAGAUGCUUGGAAUCAACUGCCCGGAGCGGUAUAGGAAUGUGCGCAGUGUUAUGCCGGUCCUUCCGGGCCACGGCAAACUCAAGCUGACGCACCUGGUCAUCGUCGCGGGCCACGCGAUUUGGAAGGGCAAGGAAAGCGCAUCCGUCGACGAAGACAGCAACUGGUUCCUCGAGGAUUACCAGAGGGGUGGCAGCGUCAACACGUUCGUGGAACACAUCAUGCGAGGCGUCUCGAUUGCAGCAAACGAUAGCAGCAGCCUGCUAGUGUUCAGCGGUGGCCAGACGCGCGACCAGGCAUGGAUGACCGAGGGCGAGUCGUACAUGCGCCUCGCUCUCUCCCUUCCCCAGGUCCUCCCGACGUGGCCUGCGAGCGCACUCGCAGCGACCGCGUCCAAGUCGGCCUUCCAGCCCCUGAUGACUGCUGCGGGCGAAAGCGCAGGCGCGGCAGAGAGCGCCGCGCAGCCGGCGCAGGAUGUCGAUACCGCACCGAAACUCUCGCAAAUGCGCAUGACGACGGAAAACUAUGCGCUGGACAGCUUCGAGAACCUCUUGUUCAGUAUCGCCCGCUUCCGCGAGUACACCGGGCAGUACCCUGCCAAGGUGACCGUGGUGGGCUACAAGUUCAAGGAGAAGCGGUUCCGCGAGCUGCACGCGCGUGCGCUGCGCUGGCAACUGCACAAGCCGGCGAGCGACGGCAGCAGCCGCUUUACAUACGUCGGCAUCGACGAUGCGAGCCGCGCCAACACGACGGAUCACGACAACGCCUACGACUUGUUCAACCGUGACCUGUAUGGAUGCCACCAUCGCCUGCUGGAGAAGCGCAAGAAGCGGAAUAGUGCCCGCCGCCUCCCUCCUUAUACAAGCACAGCGAGCGAGAUUGCGGGACUGCUAGACUGGUGCCCGGCAGACAACUCCGCGCUCCAAGGCCUCUAUCCCUACUGGCUUCCUUGGGACCCGCGUGUAAAUAACGGCAUGGGGCGCGGCGCACAGUACGUGAUGGAGCAAAACGGGGGGCACAUCCAGCAAGAAGAAAUCCUCCCCGAUGGGAAAAAGAUCGUUACGUGA